AUGGAGAUCACUUCGCGACCCCGGCUGCUCUGGACUGCGGCGUUAGGCCUUCUGGUUGCCCGGCUUAUUUUGCAAAUAUUUAUGCCGUCACGUCUCGACCCUGACUAUGCCCAGAAGAACGGGUUUGAACUUGUGCCCGUCGAUUGUUUUAACUCUAGCCUGAGGGCGACCGGCGUAGACAUCAUUCUUGUACACGGCCUAGGGUCUAACCCGGAUACUACCUGGCAGAAGCUGGCUAAAAAUGUUUCCCGUAAUCACACUGCUCCCGCAUCCCAAGGAAAGCAAUUUGUCAACUGGGUCAGCGACUUUCUCUGCGAAGAUUUCCCUCCAGAGGUUCGACGGCACGCUCGCGUCUUCUUCUAUAACUAUGACUCAUACUGGAAAAAUGAUGCCAUUGAGGAGCGCCGCAGUCGACUCGGUCAUGAGCUGUUUGAGGAGGUUACGUCAAUGGCAGUGAAGACCCCAGAGAGAAGUAUCAUCUUCGUCGGGCAUAGUUAUGGAGGUCUUGUAAUUAAAGAAGCUCUACUCAAAGCUCAACAUCUUCAUUCAAGGCGUCUCGUCGACAUUCUCCCGCAGACCAAAGCUAUUAUAUUUCUAGGGACACCACAUGCCGGCUCUGCUUCCAUAUCGCUUAGUGUAAAAGCAGCUCAACUUUUCCACGCUUUCGGCUUAGCACCAUUACCAUCUAUUGUGGAGGCGAUAGCCCACGAUUCUGUUGAGCUUCAAGAUCUGCACCGGCAAUUUGAGGCAAUAUCAGGCCAUGUGCGGAUCGUCAACUUCCACGAAGAGCGAGAGACACUGGGAUUUUGGGGCCUCUGGAGUGACUUUGCCGUCAAAAAGCAGUCUGCCAUGCUGGACCGGCCCAAUGCGGAAACCAUAGGUCUCUACACAGAUCAUUCAGGACUGAAUAAGUUCGGGGAGAGAGAUUCCAAUUACGAGAUGAUAAGAAACAAGCUCAUUGAGUUGGUGGAGGCAAUCAUCGCAAAUGCACGGAUUGGAGCGUCAGUGUACUCGGUGCCGCAGAAAACCGACAAGUUCUACACAGAAAGGCGCAACCUUUCUGAUAGACUCGAAGAAAAACUCAACAAACCAUUAAAUGGAUCGGAUCAAGUAGCGCAUGCAGUGGCCAUCUCCGGUCUCAGGGGCGCUGGUAAGACCCAGUUGGCGCUCAGAUACGUGGAAAGGCACAAACUCCAUUAUGAUCCCAUUCUUUGGAUCGAUGCGAGGAGCCAGGAGACGAUACGAUCUAGUUUUCAGCGAUGUGCUCGAGACCUAAAGCUAUUGACUGAGACGUACAGCGCAAUGCCAAAUAUGGCCGCUCUCAGAGAUGAUCUCGCUGUCCGUGUUGUCCUAUCUUGGCUUCAAAAUCGGAACCAUCUGCAGGAUGAAUGGCUCGUUAUUCUUGAUAAUGUGGACGACCUUAACAACGGGAUACGAGACGUUAUUCCCUCUGGACUACGUGGAAGUAUUAUUUUUACCAGUCGGGACAUUGAAUGCGCUGAGGUACUCCCUCCUGGAAGCCAGAGACUGCAGGUGAGCAUCAUGGAACCUUCAGAUGCAAUCUCCCUUCUGUUGCGGCACUUGAACCUCAAUGCCACAGAAGUUCCGGAAGAUAUUCACAAUCUUGCACAGAGCAUAUGCGAGAAUGUACAACACCUUGCUCUUGCAGUUCACCUUGCUGGCGCUCAUAUUCGUUCCAGUUGCGCUGAAGAUGUGAAAUUCGAAUCCGAUAAUUAUUCAAACACCUAUUUGAAUCCGAGAAGUUGUCUCGAGAAAUAUUUGCAGCAUCAAGAAAACCACAGGAACCAGCCAUUACAAGACAGCACGGCAGCUCUUACCAGCAUGCUCGGGUUCGCGUCAAUGCACAUGCAUCAAGGUCAAUGGAAGGAGGCAGAAGAUCUCUUCGUGCAAGUGAUAGAGCCUUUCAAGAGGAUACUUGGCGCAGAUCAUCCAGGCACGCUGAACAGUAUGAACACCCUGGCGUCAACUUACAUGCACCAAGGUCGAUGGAAGGAGGCCGAAGAGCACUUAAUACCCGUGGUAGAAGCUCGCAAGAGACUGCUUGGUUUAGAGCAUCCAAACACGCUCACCAGCAUGCACAACUUGGCAUCAACAUAUAUGCAUCAGGCUCGGUGGAAGGAGGCCGAAGCGAUAUUCGUACAAGUGAUAGAGCCUUCCAAGAGGGUACUUGGCGUAGAUCAUCCAGACACGCUAAACAGUAUGAACACCCUGGCGUCAACUUACAUGCACCAAGGUCGAUGGAAGGAGGCCGAAGAGCACUUAGUACCCGUGGUAGAAGCUCGCAAGAGACUGCUUGGUUUAGAGCAUCCAAACACGCUCACCAGCAUGCACAACUUGGCAUCAACAUAUAUGCAUCAGGCUCGGUGGAAGGAGGCCGAAGCGAUAUUCGUACAAGUGAUAGAGCCUUCCAAGAGGGUACUUGGCGUAGAUCAUCCAGACACGCUUGCCAGCAUGGGCAAUCUUGCAUCAACGUACAUGCGUCAACGUCGAUGGAAGGAGGCAGAAGAUCUCUUCGUGCAAGUGAUAGAGCCUUCCAAGAGGGUGCUUGGCGCGGAGCAUCCAGACACGCUGAACAGCAUGAGUAACCUCGUGUUGACGUUUUCUUCUCAAGGUCGAUGGAAGGAGGCUGAAGUGCUGUUUCUACAACUGAGGGAAGCUCGCAAGAGAGUGCUUGACGUGGAGCACCCCGAUACGCUGGCCAGCGUAGGAAGCAUCUGA